AAGAUACGAGGAAAAGAAUGUCCUUGAGGGAGUGCAAGAAGCUGUUCACGAGGGCGUGGUGUGACCUUCUCCGGUUCAAGCUGACGCCGCGGAUCUACAAGAAGGUGUUGACGAUGAUGCACGAGGGCAUCCUGCCGUUCAUGACCGAACCGCUGCUGCUCGCCGACUUUCUCACGCACUCGUACAACAUAGGUGGCGCCAUCAGUCUGCUGUCGCUGCACGGUCUCUUUGUUCUCAUCAGCAAGCACAACCUGUCCCGGCUCGCCGUCACCGCCCCCGCGCCGGCGGGGGUGGGGAUCCUCGUCACUGCCGUUCGUCGGCAACCUGCUCAUACGACACGCCAGCUGUCGUGCUGCCACCGGCCCGUCAGACUAUCGCAGCACGGCCUCUGCGACGACCCCUACGUCAUGGAGGAGACGGACCUGACGCGCACGCACGCCAUCGACAGCUCCCUCUGGGAGGUGAAGUCGCUGACGGCGCACUGGUACCCAGGUGUCGCCACCGCUGCGGCGAACCUGCUGGAGAAGCCGCUGCCGGCGACCGAGUGGAACAUAGCGAGUGACAUCGAGACGAACAACGAUGAUUUUUAA